CAUCUUCAGCGUCUGACAAGCAGGGUGAAACAGCAAAAUUGCCGAAACCGAACAGAGCUGGCUGAAGCAAAAUACACAAAACGGCAAUAUCACCCGAACUGUGUAAAAAAGGUUCUUUAAACAUCCCAUCCAAAUUACACGAUGACUACCGACAUUGCUCGCGAGUUUGAGGCACCAGGAUUCAGCUUUGAAAACUGUCGCCGAAAUGCUCAACUGGUUAAGAAUGGCUUCGUGCCACCGAAGAUGAUCAAAACCGGCACCACCAUCUGUGGUAUUAUCUACAAGGAUGGCGUCAUUCUCGGUGCCGAUACGCGCGCCACCGAGGGCCCGAUCGUGGCGGACAAGAACUGCGAGAAGAUCCAUUAUCUGGCGAAGAACAUGUACUGCUGUGGUGCCGGUACGGCCGCCGACACCGAGAUGACCACACAGAUGAUUGCCUCCAACCUGGAGCUGCACCGGCUGAACACGGGCCGCACCGUGCCGGUGGUGGUGGCCAACACGAUGCUGAAGCAGUUUCUGUUCCGCUACCAGGGCUACGUCAGUGCGGCGCUGGUGCUCGGCGGGGUGGACACUACCGGAUCGUACAUCUACUGCAUCUACCCGCACGGUUCGACCGACAAGCUGCCGUACGCGACGAUGGGUUCGGGCAGCUUGGCCGCCAUGUCCGUGUUUGAGUCGCGCUGGAAGCCGGACAUGUCGGAGGAGGAGGGCAAGAAGCUGGUGCGCGACGCGAUCGCGGCCGGUGUGUUCAACGAUCUCGGCUCGGGCUCGAACAUCGAUCUGUGCGUCAUUCGGAAGGAUGCGACCGAGUAUCUGCGCACCUACGAGGAGGCGAACAAGAAGGGCACGCGCAGCCUGGCGUACGAUUUCAAGCAGGGCACGACGGCGGUACUGCAGAGCAAGUGCUACAAGGUGGACGUGACGGAUACGGUCGUGCGCCAUCUCGUGCCGGAAGGGGUGGAGAGUAUGGAUACUGCUUAGAGGGGCGGAGAGAUGAGGAGUUCUUAUGAGUUUUAAUUCCAACGAGCAUCUUGUAUCGGUAUAAUUUCGGGAAUAAAUUACAGUCUCGUUUGGGACGAAAAAUUGUA